AUGAAGACAACCCAACACAAAGCAGAGAAUGGACAGUUGAUGCUUCAGGUGCUUAAGAGUGAUUGGGCUUGUGCUCAAAGGGCUUUGUCUGAGGCAUCUUCCGGUGCUGUCAUCCCAAUCCUCCGACUGAUGAAAGAGUUACCUGAAACAUGGCCUCGGCCGGUCGCAUGCGUCGGACAGAUGACCGUUGAGAGAGCUGGUGUGAGGUAA